CAGUAAUAUGAAAAGUUGCAGGUUUUGAGCACAUGAUUAUCUCUUGCUUGCUGCAUAACAGGCAAUAGAAUAAUCUAAAUUCCAUAAAUUUACACACCAUAUUAUAUAAAGAGGGCGUGGGAGGGGAGAGUUUGUCCAAGAUUUGCAGUCUUCCCCAUAUGGUCUUCUGAAGACUCUCUGGUAAUCCAAAAGUUGUCUCCUUUUUUUCGCGUUGGCUUGGAGAAUCAACGAACUCUUUCUUCCCCUUUGUCAAACUCGUCGAGAUUUACUAUGGAGGGUAUUAUGAGCUAUUCACAGAACAUGGAUGAUGAAUAUGAAAAACUCAUCAGAAGAAUGAAUCCACCAAGAGUGGUAAUUGAUAAUGAAACCUGCAAAAAUGCCACUGUCAUACAGGUGGAUAGUGCCAACAAACAUGGCAUACUCCUGCAAGUGGUUCAAAUCCUCACAGAUCUUAACCUUCUCAUAACAAAGGCAUACAUUUGCUCUGAUGGUGGAUGGUUCAUGGAUGUCUUCAAUGUCACAAAUCAAGAGGGGAACAAGAUUACAGAUGAAGCAGUGUUAGAUUAUAUCAGAAAGUCUCUUGGGCCAGAUUCCUACUUUGCUUCUUCAAUGAGAAGAUCUGUUGGAGUAACGCCUGCAAUGGACCACACGUCGAUCGAGUUAAUAGGAAAUGACAGGCCGGGUCUGCUCUCUGAGGUCAGCGCAGUCCUCACCAAUCUAGAGUGCAACGUGGUCAACGCCGAGGUGUGGACCCACAACACGCGAGCCGCGGCCAUAAUGCAAGUGACCGACAAGGACUCGGGCGGGCCCGUGAGUGACCCGGAGAGGCUGUCCGUUAUCAAGAAGCUCUUGUGCAAUGUGCUGAAGGGGAGCAACAGGAGUAGGGACGCAAAGACACAUGUCGCUCACGGGGUCACCCACGCGGACAGGAGGCUUCACCAGCUGAUGUUUGCUGACCGGGACUACGAACGGUCAUCGGAUGAUUCGGGUAGCGGUCAAGAUCGGCCCAACGUGAGUGUGGUCAAUUGGCACGACAAGGACUAUUCGGUCGUGACCGUCCAUUGUAAGGACCGACCGAAGCUUCUCUUUGACAUAAUCUGCACCCUCACUGACAUGCAGUACGUCGUUUUCCACGGCUCAGUGGAUACCAUUGGAGCCGAAGCUCGUCAGGAGUACUGCAUAAGGCAUGUGGAUGGAUCCCCUGUGAAAUCUGAAGCAGAAAGACAAAGGGUAAUUCAAUGUCUUGAGGCAGCCAUACUAAGACGGGUGUCCGAGGGAUUGAAGCUAGAGCUUUGCACGACGGACAGGACGGGCCUGCUCUCGGAUGUGACUAGAAUCUUCCGCGAGAACAGUCUCUCGGUGACGAGGGCCGAGGUGAAGACGAGGGGCGGGAAAGCGUUUAACACGUUUUACGUGCGGGAUGCCUCGGGGUACCCUGUGGACCCCAAGAUUGUGGAGUCUGUGAGGCAGACCAUAGGGCAGACGAUUCUCCGGGUGAAGGGAAACUCCGGCGGCGUUAGUCCGGCGGCAGCAACUCAAGAAUCGCCGGCGACCAGGUUCCUCUUCGGCGGCCUCUUCAAAUCAAGAUCCUUUUGCAAUUUCGGUUUGGUCAGGUCAUAUUCUUGAAGAUCUGUCACAGUCCUCUUCUAGUCUGUUUGUGUAUAUUCCAAGCCAGCNNNGCCCCCCCCCCCCCCCUUUUUUGUAUGUUGUUGUGUUGCUCUAUAAAAGUCCAUUUGACACAUUAGAGUUUGUUCCAUUUGUAAAUAAUCUCUUCUUCUUCUUUUUUACACUUGAAAAAAACUAUGGGAAUGGA